UGGGUCUAAGCAAGCCUAAGCCCAAUUCCAGCACCAUUCCAGAUAAUUCCUCAACUGCACGGCGGGCUGAGCGUAGAACAGCGGAAGUCCGAAACCCCGAGCUCUUCGGGAAGGCGAGGGGUCGUCAGCCGCGUCAGAUCACCGCCUGGCGUGGCGUCCACAAUCCCAUACCUGGGUCCCACCUGAUGACGCAAUCCACCGCCUAACGGCGUUGCCGGAAAUGAAUAUAUUUCUCCGAAAGAGGAGAUAUAAACAAUAAUAUCCCAACGACGUCACCAGUCGUCCCCAGCUAGCAGUAACUUUCACCUCUUCAAUCGGCUCAGCUCAUACUCUUGACUACACUGCUCUAUAACCAAGCAGAUUUUGAUAUUUCAAUUUUCAAGUAAUUUUCCACCAUUUCCGCCUGAUCGGAACCUCCGAGAGAAGUGGCUAUGGCGAUCGCCAACGCUUUCAUCAGUCCUGCUGCUGCUGCUGCUACCUUAGCACCUGUUCGAUCCAAGUUGUCCCAUUCCGAUUGUGACUUCUCUGCUCCUCACUUGAAUCUCUCCUUUUCCACCUCCUCGUCUAAACUCACCCGUGGGUUAUGUCAUUCCGGAAUCACUACCAAAAAGAAUAUUAGUUGCGCUUCGAUCGAUGGUGUGGAAUCAGUUAGUUCAGCCUCAUUGAAAUUAGAGCAGGAUAGAGAUGGUAUUCCUAUGCCUAUUGUUCUGAUAGAUCAAGAUUCUGACUCUGAUGCAACAAUAGUACAAGUUAGCUUUGGCGAUCGUCUUGGUGCUCUCAUUGACACGUCUUGGUUUUCUCUGGAGCAGAUGAAGGCACUAAAAGAUCUUGGUUUGGAUGUUGUGAAAGGAACUGUUAACACUGAGGCCUCAGUGAUAGAAACAAAAUUUUUCAUCACACGUCUGGCAAGUGGACGCAAAGUUGAAGAUCCUGAUCUUCUGGAGAGAAUUCGUCUUACCAUUAUCAACAACCUGCUGAAGUAUCAUCCAGAGUCUAGUGAGUGUCUUGCAAUGGGUGAGGCUUUUGGAAUAAAAGCACCGACAGAGAAGCUUGAUGUUGAUAUUGCUACUCAUAUACAUGUCAAGGAUGAUGGACCUGCAAGGAGCUUACUUUAUAUUGAAACAGCUGAUCGGCCUGGGCUGCUCUUAGAGAUGAUCAAAAUUAUGGCUGACAUCAAUGUUAAUGUGGAAUCUGCUGAAAUUGAAACAGAAGGUCUAGUAGCAAAGGACAAGUUUCAUGUCAGUUACAGAGGGCAAGCAUUGAACAAUUCCUUGUCUCAGGUGCUAACUAAUUGUCUGCGUUACUACCUCCGGAGGCCAGAAACUGAUGAAGAUAGUUACUAAAUGGUAUCUUCACUGUAUACUCACUGUACAAAACCAUUGCGCUGCCUCAAUCGAAGAUCUUGAGUUACUAUUGCGCUAUGAUAUAUCAGGAAAUUGAGCUCACAUUCCUUGCCAUAUUUUAGGGUGUAUUUGCAACAUUGUUACCAUUGCAAAGAUAGAAAACUAUUUUUCCUUUAUCAUGUCAAAUUGAGGAACAGGCCAUGUGAAGAGUUUAAACCUUUUUGCUUCUCAUAUGACAAACUUCCUGGACAUGUCUUGGGGGCAGUUAGCUUUUGUUAGUGCCAUCCCGAGGGUUCACUAGGAAAAAAAUUUGUGUUUUUUGGCAUGAAUGCUACGUGCUUUCCUCCACCCUGUAAAGGUUUAAGGCCGAAAA